UUUAUAAAUAUAGGGAAUUAUGUUGCUCAGCUCUAUAGGAAGUUCGUAUUUGAAUAUAAGAUAUCGUAGAAAAAUCUCGCAUCUAGCUGAUCAAAAGAACUGUAUUCCAGUCUUGGAAGUAGUUAUGGGGCGUCUAUGCAAAACUUUAUUCUUUCUUGCAUUUUUGCAAAGCUGCGUUAUGGCGGAACGCACGUAUCACGAAUAUGGGCGAAGUUUUUCGAUAACAUGUCGUAAUGAAAGCGGUAUCACCAUACCAAUGCCUGGUUCAUGUAAUGGCUUUUAUAUAUGUGUCAAUGGAAAUGCUAUAGCGAGUUCAUGUGGCAGUUUUUAUCAUUUUAAUUCGCGCACUGGACUUUGUGACCAUCCUUUGAAGGCGGGCUGCAAAGUUCAACAACAACAGUUAGAGAAUUUGGACUACAAGUCAACAAACACAAAACGAGUUAUUCAUUGGUUAUUGCCGAGACCAAAAACCCCCGACGAGGUGGUCGCAGAUCUCAACGCUGGUCCAAUCUGCGAAGGCUUGCCUACUGGAGCGCUUCUGUCCAAAUCGGACUCAUGUUCACAAUACUACGUUUGCAUAAUCCAACGUCCAUAUCGUCGCAGCUGUCCGCCCAUGUUACAUUUCAAUGCCACACGUCACCUUUGUCAAGACCCUGCAAUGGCGAAAUGUGUCCAACCAUUAUUAAUUUAAAUAAACUACAAAAUCAAUCCAUGGAUAAACGGGGGAACACUUAUAAUGCGAGUGUCCAUCGAUUGCGAAAUGUCAAUUUGAUGUUUAAAAGGCUAAUACCUAAAUUACUAUUAAAUCAAUAUUGUUUGCAAAGUCCGAUGUUAUCAAAUCUGCAAUUAAUUUUACUGGGCU